AUGCCAUGUCUCGAAGAUCUCGAAUUGUCUGGCUCUUCUAUGGGUGAGAAUUUCAAUAAUGGUCAUCGAUUAAAACAAUUAUUUGAACAUAUAAAGGAUGUUCAAUUAGAUGAUCUCGAAUGUCUAACAAAUUCUUCAUCGAAAGAUACAUUAUUAGCAAUAUUUAAUGAUGAUAUAAAUGGAUAUUGGUUUGAUGUAACAUGUUCAAUUAGACAUAAUAAAGCUUAUAUAUCAGCAUUUGGUCAUACACAAUAA